AUGGACAUCGACAACUACACAACCUCAAAUGGAGGGACUGGCGCCAAGUUCAAGGGAUACACGACUAUCAUAGCUGGUGUCGCCUCCAUCAUCGCCACAGUCGUAUCUGUCAUAUCCAUAUGGCUCCAAGCAAAGAACUAUCGCAAGCCCUUACUCCAGCGCUACGUCGUUCGAAUUCUCCUCAUGGUGCCCAUUUACUCGAUAGCAUCUUGGACAAGCAUGGUCUCUCUCACAGCCGCCCAGUUCAUCGACCCCAUUCGCGAUAUUUACGAGGCUUUCACAAUCUACACCUUCUUCCAGCUCCUAAUAAACUACCUCGGCGGUGAGAGAUCCCUCAUCGUCAUGGCACACGGACGUGCUCCAGUACAGCACCUUUGGCCCCUCAACCAUGUCCUACCCAAAGUCGACAUAUCCGAUCCCUAUACCUUUCUCUCUAUCAAACGUGGCAUCCUACAGUAUGCUUGGCUCAAGCCCAUUCUCGCGUUAGCUGCCGUCAUCAUGAAAGCCACCGGGACCUAUCAAGAAGGAUAUAUUGCCGCCAGCUCUGGCUACUUUUGGAGUGGUAUCAUUUACAACCUUAGUGUCACCGUCAGUCUAUACGCGCUGGGCCUUUUCUGGGUCUGCAUGCACCACGAUCUGAAACCGUUCCGGCCAGUGCCCAAAUUCCUCUCCAUCAAGCUCAUCAUCUUUGCCUCGUAUUGGCAAGGUUUCUUCUUGGGCAUUCUGGUCUGGCUCGGAGCUAUUCCAGACAACGUUCAAGGCUACACCCGUGACAACUUGGCGGCAGCCAUUCAAGACUUCUUGAUUUGUCUCGAGAUGCCCAUUUUUGCCGUGGUGCAUUGGUAUGCCUUUUCUUGGUACGACUUUGCAGAUAACAGCAUCCUGUCUGCUCGUAUGCCACUCACAAGGGCGCUUCGCGACGCUUUCGGCACGAAAGAUCUCAUCGAAGAUUCAAAAGAGACGUUCAGGGGCGAUAAAUACGGCUAUCGUAACUUUGACUCUGGCGACAAGGUCAUAGCACAUGCAGACUCGCGCUCUCGAUUUGCCAGACUGGAUGAAGGAAUGCGCUAUAAAAGAGGCGGCAAGGGCAAGUAUUGGCUCCCCAAACCUGGAGUUACCUCUUCAUCGCCGCUGCUCGACAAUGGCGAAGGCGGUUCAGCCAAUCAAGAUUCACAGCGAGAGAGCUCAAUGGGCACAUUUGACGAGCUCGAACUAGACCCGGAAGAGGAGCGCAUGUACGAUCAAGCGCGCCAAUUAGAACAUGGAGACUGGAAUGCAAGUUAUCCGUCGUCGUCACUUUAUCCUGUCAUCACGGCUAAUGAACCGUUGAGAGAGCGAUACGGCUCAUCAUUCAGCAGCCGCGGCGCUUACUCGCCUGCUCCUCGAUUAGGCACGCCGCAAAGGCGUAGUUCGGCUUUGCCAGCAAAGCCAAGUUCUCCAAAAGCAAAAGCUAGCCCACAAAAACCAGGUGGCCCUCAAGAACCACCGGUCGUGGCUGUGAUCAAAAAGAAGAAGAAGCCGAAGAAGGCUGUGGUCCAUCAUCCCGAGCCCGAGGCAGCGGCGCUUCUGGCAGAUACCGACUAUGGCGCUGGAACAAGCGCUGCUCAGGCCCGUGAUGGAGCUGCAAGUCCGUCCGCAGCUGCCUCGCACGAGGACAACGCUGCAUCUGCGGAAAACGUCGAUGAAAAUAGCACCCCGCAAUACAACUUACACGACAGUGAGGAGUUUCGUAAUGUCUGGGGAAGCAGCAGCUAA